AUGUCGAACAAAUCUCACCCUGAUGCGGACCUGUUUCCACACGCCACAGGCCUUGCACAGAAGACAGUUGAGGAUCACAAAGCGGAGCAGCCAUUGAAGCUGUAUGCUGGAUGGUUUUGUCCUUUUGUCGGCCGCGCAUGGACGGUGUUGCAGGAGAAGAAGAUCCCUUAUCAGUACAUUGAGGUCAACCCAUACCACAAGCCAGAAUCGCUGUUGAAGCUCAACCCUCGUGGUCUGGUCCCGACACUUCAGUAUGACAACAAGCCAUUAUACGAAAGCACGGUCAUCUGCGAAUUCCUCGAAGAAGCGUACCCAGACCAUGGACCAAAGCUCUUGUCUGAGGACCCCUACGAGCGUGCCCGCGCUCGAAUUUGGACCGACUACUGCACUUCUCGAAUCAUCCCUGCUUUCCAUCGUUUUCUGCAGUUCCAGCCAAUGUCAGAUACCGAAGGACUAGAAGAAGUGAGACAAGAGUUCUUAGGUCACCUGAAGGAAUUUACCAAGGAGAUGGACUCUGAGGGCCCUUACUUUUCAGGCAAAGAUGUUGGCCUGAUCGAUUUGGUUGUUGCGCCUUGGGCAAUUCGUCUAUGGGUCUUCGACCACUACAAGAAUGGUCUGAACAUUCCAGAUGGAGGUGAAGAUAGUGCUGUUUGGUCGAGGUUCAACAAGUGGCUCAAAGCCAUCGAGGAACGUCCUUCAGUGCGCGAGACUACGAGUGAGAAGGAAAAGUACCUCAGCAUCUACCAGAAGUAUGCCGAUGAUAAGGCACAGAGUGAGUUGGCUAAGGCAACUCGCAAGGGUCGUGGUGUACCUUGA